AUGAACAUGCUAGAGGACCUUGAGUCCUUGCAGUUUGAGUAUGGGAUUCAAAAGGAAGACCACAGCUGGCUGUAUUUGCAGGGCCGUUCUCGAGGCCUGAUGAUCAAGGCCUGUGCCCAUGCAACCUUCUUCUGCAAGCUGCUCUGUAAUUUGAGAGAAUCAUUACAUAAGAAGCAAACUUCCAGAUGUGUUUUGACUGGAUUGCUUGCUGCCAUUCCCAAUGAUGAGUUAAAGGUGGGCAUCAUUGGCGGUGGCAACCUUGGGAAGCAGCUGGCUCGCGUACUGCUUCAGCUUGUCCCCAUCCCUGCUGAGAACCUGAGGAUCUCCACUCGGAGGCCAGAGGUCCUGGAUGAAUUCCAGAAACUGGGAAUCCAGUGUUUUUACCACAACCCUUACCUGGUGGACUGGGCCAACGUGCUAUUCCUCUGCUGCCUGCCGUCUCAGCUGCCCAAUAUCUGCCUAGAAAUUCAAACCCACCUAGAGAAAGGUUGCAUCGUGUACAGCUUCGUGGCUGCUGUCCCAAUAGCCAGGUUGAAACUUCUACUGAACCACACCAAUAUCUUGCGGCCUCAGUAUCAGUGUGUUGAAAAUGUCAACAUCUGGGGGGCUGGUAAGGACAUCACAGCUGCCCUCCAAGAUCCUGUGAUUCUUCAGGCUACUUGCCCCUACAGUGCUGCUGGGGGAAUAAUCCUCAACAUCAAGUGGUUGGAGGGAGUGUUUCAUGCAGCACUAAACAUUUGCACCGCAAAGGACAUGCCCCACUUACAAGUGCUGCAGCUUCUGAAUGAACUCUUCCUCUCUGUGCACUUUGAAGACUGUGAAAAAGAUGAAGCAUCUUGCCCCAAAUUUCAAUUACAUGAUUUUGUUGACCAGGUCUAUACCAAGCACCUGCCUCAGCGAAGGCCUUUUCCCUGGUUUGAUUUGACUGCUGUGCAACUCAAGGAAACUCCCUUUACUCAGCAUUUCUCAACCAGUACUGCUUUCCGGGACCAUCUUACCUAUCUAUACUGUGAUUUGUUUGGUAUCUCCUUAACCAAAGAGCAGCAGCCAGGGGUUUCCAUAAGCUCUUCCUCAAAAUAAGAGAAGAGACCUCAGAAACUUGGAUUUUUUUUUCCCCUCCACAAUGCUUGUAGCCAGAUUAUCACAGCUGACUUUGGGAAUCAUGUAACUGUACUGGGUUUGCCACAUGUUUGGGCAUUAAGGAAUUAGAAAACCUUACUAAUGGUUCUUUGAAAUAUAAAAUAAAGCAAGAGGUCUUAUCCAUCAGUAUAAUUGGGUAUGUCUGGCUUUUGGAAGCAACCAAAUUAAACUAUAUAACCUGACACACUUAAGCUGCUUCCCCAGGAAAGCCAUGUUAAUAUAAAUGAUCUUUCUUCUAAAAGCUAAAUUCGAGAAGUUAUGUUAUUAUUCGACAGUACAUACUGCAGCUUGU